AUGCUGUAUAAAGAAAAGGGAUUAGAACUGAUGUUAGAAGGAAACUAUCCAUCAGCUAUAAAUUAUUAUACAUUAGCUAUAAAGAAUGAUUCAUAUAAUUCAAAAUUAUUUUCAAGUAGAGCAAAAGCAUAUUACUUAAACUUAAAGAAUGUUGAAAAUCCAAGUCAAAUUCAAUGGAAAAAAAUUAUUGAUGAUUGUACAACUGCAUUAGAACUAGAUAAAGAUAAUUAUGAUGCAAGUUUUUAUAAUGCAUUAACUCAAGCUUUUUGUUAUAAAAGAAAAGAAAAAGGUUUAAAAUUAUUAAAUGAAACAUAUAUCAAGUCAUUAUCAAAGGCAAAAAGUUAUAAACUGUAUCUGUUACCACAAGAAAUAUAUCAAGAAAUUUUAAAAUUAAAAACUAUUCAAUAUAAUAAUAAUAAUAAUAUUAAUAAUGAUACCAAAACUCAACUGCGAGGAUUCAAUGAAACUAAUAAAUUUUUUAAUAAAAUAGUUUAUCUUUUACAAGUUGAUUAUGAAAAAAAAUUAAAAGAAAUACUAUCAAAAGAUGUUGAUAAAUCAGUAUUAGAUCAUGCCAUAACUGAGCAUGCAAUUCAAUACAAUACAGAAAUUAAAGAAUUAAUAGAAAUGUUUGAAAUGUAUCAUUCAAAAGAUCAUUCUAGUACACAAUCUGAAGGUAGCUUAAUUGAAGAAGAAGAAGAAGACUUAAAUGAUGAAGAACCUCCAGAUUAUUUAUGUGAUCCAAUUUCAUUUAAUAUAUUUCAUGAUCCAGUUAUAACACCUUCGGGACAAUCAUUUGAAAGAUCAUGGCUAUUUCAACAUCUUAGUAAUAAUGAAUAUGAUCCAUUAACUAGACAAAAAUUAACUAAAGAUGAUUGUUAUCUUAAUUUAGGUUUAAAAGCUUGUGCUGAUCAAUAUUUAAUAUCAAAUUCUAAACAAAAUUAUAAAUAA